AUGGAAGGACACACAGAUUCAGAUAUUAAAAUAAUCAAAAGAAACGAGCGGAAUAGUAUGAUUAAUGCAUUAGUCUUUUUUGUAUUAGCCUUAUUUUGCGUAAUUGGAUGGGCCUUAGUUCCAGUAAUGGAGCAUAACACGGUUGGAAAUAGGAGAACGUUACCCUUACCGGCAUGGUAUCCAAUCGACCAAACAUUAUCUCCAGCUUACGAGUUAUUCUAUUUUCAUCAAGUGUUUGCUAUAGAACUAGCAGCAUGUAGCAAUACGUGUCUGGACUCACUGGCAGGAAACUUAAUGGCUCUUUCCACGUGCGAACUAGAAUUACUAGCAAACAGGCUGCAAAAAAUUGCAAAAGAUCAACAAACAUACAAUACUCUUUCUACACUAGAACAUAUUGGUGAACAAUAUGAUUAUCAGAAGUUAAAAAGUAAUAUGGAAAGACGUUUAUAUAAAGAACUUCGAGAAUGCAUUAUAUAUCACGAAGAAAUUUAUGAAAAAGCAAGAAUUUUGCAACGAUGCAUAGGUCCUGUGGCAUUUGCACAAUUUUCAGUCAGUGCGCUCAUCCUCUGCGCAUCUCUCUAUCAACUGGCAAUGGCAAAUUAUAAUACGAAUUAA